AUUUCCGGUUUCGAUAAGUUUCUGAUAUUUUUUUGGAUGGAAAUAUUAGGAUACACAGAAACCAUGAAACUCUGAAGGGUUAUAUUAUUCAAUAUAUGAGCACGAUCUCAUCUGCAAUUUCCAAAUGAGCUUUUAUAUGCAUUGGUAAAUGUAUAGAUUAAGGAUGAGAUGAGUAAUUGUUUAUCAUUAAGAAGACAUAAUGUAUGUAUGGUAUCAGAUUUCUUCUUCCCAAACAUGGGAGGAGUGGAAAGUCACAUCUAUCAGCUGUCUCAGUGUCUGUUGGAGAAAGGUCACAAGGUCAUUAUCAUGACACAUUUCUAUGGUGACCGAAAAGGAGUAAGAUACCUCACAAAUGGUUUAAAGGUUUAUUAUUUGCCAUUUCCAGCCUUUUAUAAUCAAUGUAUACUACCAACCAUAUAUAUCACAUUUCCUUUGGUGAGGAACAUUCUCAUCAAGGAACAAAUCACCAUAGUACAUGGCCAUUCUGCAUUUUCCACAUUAGCCCACGAGACGAUGUUCCAUGCGAGGACCAUGGGACUGAAGACGGUAUUUACAGACCAUUCUUUGUUUGGAUUUGCUGAUGCCAGUUCAAUACUCACAAAUAAAAUUCUGCAGUUUUCAUUGGCUGAUUGUAAUCAUGUGAUAUGUGUUUCCCACACAAGUAAAGAGAAUACAGUGUUAAGAGCAGGACUUGAUCCAAAAGAAGUUUCUGUAAUACCAAAUGCUGUUGAUGCAACUAUGUUUGUGCCAGAUCCUAGCAAACGACAUCCUGGCAAAAUAACAAUAGUUGUAGUUAGUAGACUAGUAUACAGAAAAGGAAUGGAUUUGCUGGCAGGAAUUAUCCCUGAUGUUUGCCAAACUCACCCGGAUGUACAGUUUAUUAUAGGUGGAGAUGGUCCUAAGAGAAUUUUAUUAGAGGAAGUUAGAGAGAAACAUGAGUUACAUGAUAGAGUCAUACUGCUUGGCAUGUUAGAGCACAGAAAAGUCAGGGAUGUUUUAGUACAGGGAGAUAUCUUAAUCAACACUUCACUGACAGAAGCUUUCUGUAUUGCUAUUGUAGAGGCAGCAUGUUGUGGUUUGCAGGUUGUGAGUACUAAAGUAGGAGGAGUACCGGAAGUAUUACCACCAGACCUUAUAUACCUUGCUGAACCAAAUGAUCAAAGUUUAAGAGAAGAAUUAGAGAGAGCUAUAGCUGACAAAAGGGCAGGAAAGAAUGUUCCUCCAUUUGUAGCACAUAAUAGAAUAAAAUUACUAUACACAUGGAGAGAUGUGGCACAUAGAACAGAGAGAGUUUACAAAAGGGUGGCAGAUUUAGUGGAGAGAGAAACCAAAGAGAGAUUAUCUAGAUACUAUAGUUGUGGACCUCUGUCUGGAAAGCUGUUUGUUAUAGCUGCAGUAUUAAAUAUCUGGUUCAUGUGUUUCCUACAGAUCUUUCAGCCUAGUCAGAAAAUAGAAAUUGCUCCGGAACUACAAAGAUCACAUAUUUUGAAGAGAAAUGCAAACCAGAAAACUUCAAAAGAAGAACAAAGGUCACAAAAACGAACAUUAUUAGAAAAUGAAGACAAUUUAACAAAUGGGACCUCAUCAAAAAUUUUAAGACGAUCAAAUCGCAAGAGAACAAAAUCAAAAGAAGAAGUUUGAUGUUUAUCUGUGAUAGAUUUGUUUUUAUAUUAUUUUAAUUAAUAAUUCUUACAUAUGUUAUUGAUAAUAUAGUAGUAUGAAUUUAAACAUUGUAAUUUAAAUAGCAUUUUCAACAGUACUGAUAGUAUAGCAGUAUGAAUUUAAAACAUUGUAAUUUGAAUAGCCUUUUUAACAGUGCUGAUAGUAUAGUAGUAUGAAUUUAAAAAAUUGUAAUUUAAAUAGCAUUUUCAACAGUACUGAUAGUAUAGUAGUAUGAAUUUAAAACAUUGUAAUUUAAAUAGCAUUUUCAACAGUACUGAUAGUAUAGCAGUAUGAAUUUAAAACAUUGUAAUUUAAAUAGCAUUUUCAACAGUAUUGAUAAUAUAGUAGUAUGAAUUUAAAACAUUGUAAUUUAAAUAGCAUUUUCAACAGUACUGAUAGUAUAGCAGUAUGAAUUUAAAACAUUGUAAUUUAAAUAGCAUUUUCAACGGGUGCUUGUUAUGUCACAAACACAAGAGUCCUUUUAUAUUAAUCAAAAGACAAAUGCAUUUAACUUAAGGCUAACAUUAGUAUCGAGACAUUGAUAGCUAUACAUUUUAUAACUGGAAUUUACAAAAAAUGUUAACUGACUUUAUAACAUCUGUAAUUAUAUAUAGUAAUUCAAAUACACUGGGUCUGAUGAAUACAUCUCCAUUAAUAGACAAAAUUAUUAUUGUUGUU